AUGUCGCAUUUCGAGACCGAAUAUGACAAAAUACUCAAGGAACUUGCCAUCAGAUGUGACAAAGCCUGGGGCCUUUGUGCUCAAGACAAGCUUGACGAAGCCCUUGACCUGGCCGAAAACAUACUCCAGGAGGAGUCGGGACUGCCUGCAACUCACAAGGCUGUCUUGAACGUGCUCCUCUCCAAGUCUCAAGACAUCACUAAGGCUGUCGAGCAUGCUCAAAAGGCAGUCAACCGCUACAGGUGGAUCAUACAGGACAGCAAAGGGGCUUUCACAUCCUCGGAUCACAGCAAGUUCUUCAAUAAAAGGAAUCUUAGGCACGCGGAGGAAGACCUCCAGACUCUCAUGACACUAAAGAGACUCAGAAUGGACAGUCUCCAGGACAAGCAGGCAGACCCCGAUGGCAGUCAAGAUGACACCAGCCAAGAAGAUGAUGACAGCAAAGAAGACAGCGACAGCCAAGAAGAAAACGGCAGCCAAGAAGACAUAGACCUGGCGAACCGAGUGCUCACGAGACUGCGAGCCCCACCGAGAAGUCCCAAACCGACUGGUCCGACUGUCAAAACCGAGUCCUCUACACCGUCGUGA